CCCAUGGAAUACCUUCUUGAAUUUCGUUUCUUGUCUUCACAUUUUCGUUCCACCAAAAAACAGAUUAUUUCAUGGCGUUAUCCUCUUCCACUAUAUUGCUUGUUAAGUCGCAAUAUAUCUCUCUUUAUUCUUCUAACUCAUCACUUGAUUUCAGAAGAAGAACAUCUUUAAUACCUCAACAACCAUGGUUACCAGCUGAAACUAGAGUUAGAAUCAGGCCCAUUUCUUUAUCCAUUAUAAAUGCUCGAGCUGAUGAUAGAAAAGAAGAUAUUGUUAUUAUCGGGGCUGGAAUUGCUGGCCUUGCUACUGCUGUUUCACUUCAGAGGCUGGGUAUUAGAACAUUGGUGCUUGAGCAGGCUGAGUCACUGAGGACUGGAGGAACCUCACUAACACUUUUUAAAAAUGGAUGGAAGGCACUGGAUGCUAUUGGAGUUGGCAAUGAUCUCAGGACUCAGUUUCUUGAAAUUCAAGGGAUGGUGGUAAAAUCAGAAGAUGGAAGAGAGUUGCGCUCCUUCAGAUUCAAAGAUGAGGAUGAAACUCAAGAAGUCCGAGCUGUGGAGAGGAGAGUCCUACUGGAAACACUUGCCAGUAAGCUGCCACCAGAUGCUAUCUCUUUUUCCUCAAAGCUGGCAAACAUUGAAAGAAGUGAAAAUGGUGAAACAAUGUUGGAACUUGAAGAUGGAAUUCGCAUAUCUGCCAAGAUAUUAAUCGCUUGUGAUGGGAUUCGGUCGCCAGUGGCCAAGUGGAUGGGAUUUCCAGAGCCUAACUAUGUAGGCCAUUGUGCAUUUCGAGGCCUAGCAUAUUUCCCUCAAGGACAGCCAUUUGAACCAAAAGUAAACUACAUCUACGGAAGAGGAGUGCGUGCUGGAUACGUUCCUGUCUCUGAAACCAAGGUCUAUUGGUUUAUCUGCUACAAUAACUCAUCACCAGGUCCAAAGAUAACAGAUCCAUCUAUCUUGAGACAGCAAGCUGAACAACUCGUUAGAAAUUGGCCAACAGACCUAAUAAACCUCAUUAAACUUACACCAGACGACACAAUCAUAAGAAGUAGCCUAGUAGAUAGAUGGCUUUGGCCCUCAAUAAGCCCACCAGCCUCUACUGGAAGUAUAGUGCUGGCUGGCGACGCGUGGCACCCAAUGACACCAAAUCUUGGUCAAGGUGGUUGUUGUGCUUUGGAAGAUUCAAUAGUUUUGACCAAAAAACUUGCAGAAGCAAUCAAGUAUAAACGUAUUUCUAUCGAGGAUGCACUCAAAGCAUAUGAAACUGAAAGAUGGCCUCGUAUAUUUCCAUUAACGCUACGUGCAUAUCUUGUAGGUGCACUAUUGCAAUGGGAUAAUCCAGUGAUAUGUUCCCUUAGGGAUAACAUCAUUGUACCUAAGCUUGUUAGGCUUGGUCCAAUUCUGGAGCAUACCAAUUUUGAAUUUGAGCCUCUAUAAGAAACUUUGAAAUUCAUUUACUUGUGUAGAUAACAGUUACAUGAGGUGUACAUCAAAACUACAGAUAUUGCUGUUUAUUAUUGUAUAUACUACAGAGGAGGUCCGUCUUACACUUGCAUUA